CUGUUUGAUGGUCCGUUUCUGUUCACAGCAGAAGAACUUUCACAUGCUCCGGCAGAGGUAAUUGGAAAGAGUUGUCAUGGAACGUUGUGUAAAGCUACACUUGACUCUGGCCAUAUAUUGGCUGUUAAAAGGUUCAGGGAGGGAAUAGUGAAAGGAAGGAAGGAAUUUGCAAGGGAAGUAAAGAAACUUGGGAACAUCAAACAUCCAAAUUUAGUUUCUCUGCAGGGUUACUACUGGGGACCAAAGGAGCAUGAGAAACUGAUUCUAUCGAAUUAUUUCAAUGCACAACCUCUGGCACUCUAUCUUCAUGAUAUGGAGCCAAGAAAAGUGCUACCCUUGUCUCUUGGUGAACGAAUUAGGGUUGCUGUAGAUGUUGCUCGAUGUCUGAACUACCUUCACAAUGAGAAGGCAAUACCCCAUGGAAACCUCAAAUCCACAAACAUUUUGUUAGAAAAUCCUAAUCUAAAUGUGCUCCUCACUGAUUAUAGUCUACACCGCUUAUUAACUCCAUCUGGGACAGCUGAGCAAGUACUGAAUGCAGGUGCCCUUGGCUAUACACCUCCUGAGUUUGCUAGCUCAAGUAAACCGUGCCCGUCAUUGAAGAGCGACGUCUAUGCAUUUGGAGUUAUCCUGUUAGAGCUUCUGACUGGUAAAAGCUCAGGGGAGAUAGUUUCAGGGAUCCUAGGUGUGGUUGAUCUGACCAACUGGGUGAGAUUUUUGGCCGGAGAGAAUCGUUCCGGUGAGUGUUUUGACAGGCUGAUUCUGAACAGGCAGAGAGUGGAGGACCCUCCUAGAGUUCUUGAUCACAUGCUACAGGUGGCCCUAAGAUGCAUCCUUCCAGCAUCCGAAAGGCCUGACAUGAAUACUGUUUUUGAAGAUCUUUCAAGGAUAGUGUAGUAAAAGAUAUCACCAAGUAGAACAGAAGCUCUAACUGUAGUUGUUGGCACUAACACCAUUUAUUGGAUCUUUUCAUUCCUAAACUGAUUUUCUUUUCUACUGUCUUCUUUAGUUGUUUAACUUUCUCUGUCAAUUAUUCAUGUGAAUGACAAUCUAGAUAGGUAUUGUAACAGCUUGAGGGUAGGAAAUAAAGUUCUUUGUAGAUGGGAGGGGUUAGUCAUUCUUUCCAAGCCGUUACUUGGGAAAUGUAAUUUAACUCUGUAUUCAUUGUGCUAUUUGAUAAAGUAAAUCACCUUGCAAGAGGUUUUGCUGGUCUGUAUUAUUUAC